AUGAGCCCAACUAUGGUUCCUCAGGAUAGCGGACAAGGUGUAAAGAUGUAUUCAAAGGAUGGCAUGCCACGUAACUUUAAAGGUCAGUACUGGCAUACCUACAAGAAAGUGGCGAUGAUGGCGCUACAAGACAUCGACCAAGAACUUUGGGAUGUUGCAUGCGGUCAUAUCGGCCGGAAGUAUCUCUCAACUGAUGAAGGCAAGGCCAAGCUACAAAAGUUUGAAAGAAGACUUCGACGAGAGAUUAUGAUGUCACUUUCGCCAGAGCUGGCGGAACUCUAUAGGACGGAGAAGACAGGAAGUGCACUGUUUGCAACACUUUGCAAGCGGUUUGAAAAUCGAGCAAAUACAGUUGCGACUUUUCACGCUGUGCAACGUCUUGAAGAAGAGCUUCGCCGAAUGCGAUAUAAUACUGACAUUGAUAUCGAGGGUCAUUUGCGUCAGAUGAAAAACAAGGAGCUUGAACUGGCGGAUUAUGGAAGCAAGCUCUCGUUUACGACAAUGAUGAUGUAUACGCUACAGAGUCUACCCAGCACGAUACCAGAAUUUGGACUGAUCCAAACGCAGAACUGGUGUGGAAAUUCACCAGCUAAAGAUAUGGACGAGUUGGAGGAGCAGAUUCGUGCAGCAAGCUCAAGGUAUCAAAUUCGAAAGUCAACUAAGGGAUUUUCACAUGGAGGGUAUCUACAAGGAGAAUAUGCAGGGUCAAGAAAAGUGGACAAAGCAAGAAAGAAUACGAUUGGACGGGGAGAGAGGAAGGACACCAGGUCUUGUUACAACUGCGGCAAGACAGGACAUUUCAAACGUGAUUGUAAAGAAGCGGUACGAGAAUCACAAAAGCCACGCGUAUGUUUUGCGACACAACCGCAAAAGAAGGCGCAGGCGGUGAAAAAUUCGCGAGGUCAAGAUAAACAAAAUACAUGCGAGGUAGAUGUAUUGAGGUUGAAGACGAAAAAAUUGUCGGAUCCUUCGGAUCCUUCAAUACCAGCUAUCUCGAAUUCGCAGCGAAUGACCAAGCGAGGAAGUGGUGCUGCAAAACAAAAGGUGAAGGGGUUGUCAAAACGAAUUAAUCACUGGUGUUUCGACACAGGUGCAAACGUUCACGUGUCAGCAAAUCGAGAAGAUUUUGUUGAGUACACUCCAGUUUCAUCUAAGUCGGAGGUUAGCCUCUCCGGUAUAUCAACAGCCCUUCAUGCACAAGUGACUGGAAUGGGUACCAUUAAAAUGGUUACAAAAGUUGAUGGGAUAGAGAAAUGUUUUCUCCUGGACCACGUGUUGCAUGUUCCAGAUGCGGAACACGGACUUUUCUCUCCAGGAUGGGCAGUCGAACAAGGAUUCGAAGUUGACAUGGCUACUUCAAGCACGGAUUUUAUGGUCUACUAUCGUGACCAACCGCUUAUUCGAGCCGAACAUCAUGAUGGAACGUGGGGAUUCUCAUCAUAUCGAGUGCUGAACUCGAUGCUCCCUCUGAAUCCACGGAAAGUGGAACCGCAUCACUCAGAUCAUGCGGAAAAUUCAGUCGUUGAUUCUUUUGUUGUUGGAACGUUAACUCAGGCAGAAGCAAAGUAUUCAGCGGCAGAUGGACUGGCUACUAUGAAACUUUGGCAUCAGCGUCUUGGACACACUUGUGAACAGUAUUUGAAGACAAUGGUUGAUCAAGGCUUUGUCCAUGGUAUGAUUCUGACGAGGCGGAAAUCAUCUCCGUGUGACGCAUGUCAUGUUGGUAAACAGCGUCGCCAACGUCGAAACAAGAAGAAAGAGCACGAUAUCACAGGUCUCAAUCAAGUUGUGUAUGCUGAUCUUCUUUUUCCAUCGAGAAAUAAUGGCACCAAGUAUACGGCAAUUCUCGUUAUCAUGGACGGUUAUUCGCGAUACUUGACAGCACAUCUUCUGGCAAAGAAGGACGCAGAAACGGUGAAUGAGUUGAUGAAAAACUACGUCAAUUGGGCCGAGCGGCAAGCUGGCCGAAGCAUCAAGAAGAUUGUGCAUCGUAGUUGGCAUAUCAUGGAAGGACAUCGCACGUUACCGGUGAAGAUUAUUCUGACGGACAAAGGUGGUGAGUUUGUAAACCACGAUAUCGAUGCAUAUGAUAACGCACGAGGAAUCCAGCAUGUGCAGGUUAGACCAAAAAGUUCUCACAUGAAUCCCGUGGAGAGACAACACCAGUCGCUAAGUGACAUGACGAAGGCGAUGCUUCGAGACUCUGGUUUUUCACCCCAGUUAUGGCCAGAUGCUUUUGACUAUGCUGUAUACCUCAAAAAUCGCGUUUACAACAAGGCGGCGAACUGCACACCGUACGAACGCAUGUUUGGCGUCAAACCAGAUCUUCAUCAUAUUCGUGUGUUUGGGGCACUCGCGUAUGUUCACGUGCUAAAGGGUCCAGAUCGUCCACGACACAAGGACAAUGCGACGAUCGGAUUUGUGCUGGGGCUCCGGGACGACCAGGUGGGGUACAAAAUCGAUUUCCCCCACGAACAUACUCGCAAGUGGGCUGCAGACGUAGCCAUUGAUGAGUCUAUUGUCUACCGUGAUCUCCAUCAGUGCACCACCUAUGUGCCUCUCCUGGAUCGACUUCGUUUUUCUCCCCACGACGGCGACACUCGCUCUGCCCCGGCGUCUGUUGCUAAUGGUCCUUUCUCUCCAGUUUUUGCAGAUAACGAGGCGACCGGUGUCGACGCAUCCGUCACGGGCGAUGCCACUUAUGAUAUUCUUGGCACCGAGGCGGCGGAUGGGGAUGGGAUGGUCGACGGUGAUGGGAUAGUCGACGGUGCCGACGGUGACUACGAUGUUGAUAGCAUUGUCGACGGUGACUACGUGGUGACUCCAAUACUGAUGUUGAUGGAGCUGCCGAAGAUCAGGAUUCUUUAG